GUACAUUUUUUUACCGUUUGACUUGACUGCUGACAGUGCUGACACUUGCUACAUAUUAUUAAUCUGUGGCUGACACUUCUCAGCGACCUGCGAUUGUGUCACCGCGUGGUUUGGUGUGAUUAUUCCAGUUUCAUUCUCGCAAGUUAUCUUAAAAUGGCCAUCCACAUCAAAGACGCCGACGACCUGAAGACCAGGCUGUCCGAGGCCGGCGACAAGCUGGUGGUCAUCGACUUCAUGGCCACCUGGUGCGGACCCUGCAAAAUGAUCGGGCCCAAACUAGAGGAGCUCGCCAACGAGAUGGCUGAUGCGCUGGUCGUGCUUAAGGUGGACGUAGACGAGAACGAGGAGAUCGCUGCCGAAUACAAUGUCAACUCCAUGCCCACCUUCGUCUUCUUGAAGAACUCCAAGAAACUGGAGGAGUUCUCCGGCGCCAACGUCGACAAACUCAAGAACACCAUCCUCAAGCUGAAGUAGAGCGCCGGCAACGGACUGUGUGCUCGGAUGUAGGGUUAGACCAAAAACUACAGCAAAUAACACAUUUUUAUAAAGACAUAUCUAGCGCAAAUCGUAAUAAUAGCGUGAGGCCUUUUGUACGCCAAAAGGCACCGUAACUAAUCGUAUACCUAAGUCUUAUAUCGGACGCUGUCAAACUAACCUUCACACUUUCAAGUAUGGUUUGUGGUUGAAGAAAUUUAACAUUUCACUUAAAUAGAUAAAAUCUCUCACAACUGUAGUAGUUCGGUCUUUUAGUACAUUUAGUACAGUAGUACACCGAGAGAAACUGAGCAUAAUAAGCGGCUAUCUGCUAUCUCGCUCAUACUAGCCGGCCGGGCGGGAGCCGUUCGGCCAUCUUGCUCGCACGCGCUCGGCGAGCGGCGAGUCGACGUUUAGUUCGAUCGGAUCACUCGGAUCGCUUUGCUGUCUUUGUUACUCCUCGGUCCUCGCUCCCAUUCUGUUUCGUUCGCGUGUAGUGUACUAAAACGUACUAAGAGCAGAAUCAUUAGGGAAUAGUUCGGUCUAGUACAGUGGAGGGAAUCGUGUCUUUUUGAUUUUAGUACAUAUACUACACAAGCCUAGUUAAGGGAUUGCAUAUACAUACUUGAUGACCCAUGCUGCCGUGAUCCGGGUGGCUGAGCGGGUUUAGGCAUUUACCGCGAAUGUACGCUGUUUCGAUUCCAGCCCUAGGCACUGGAGGUCGUAGUCACUUUUUCUUUCGUACAUGACAUCUAUCUCAGUUUACACAAAGGUUGCAAAGAAUACCUGACACCUGAGCUUCGUGCCUAAAGUUAAUGUCUGGUUACAUGAAUACUUUGUUUAGGACAUACAUACUGAAAAAUGUUUGAAUAUCGACCUUAAAUGAGUUAUGUACAGUUCAAAAUCAAAUAGCAUGCGUUUUGUGAGGGUCGCAUCAUUUUAAAUCGUCUAAUCUAAUAUAAAGGCAUAACAUUCCAUUUACUGCCACUCAAAUAUAAGCUCUAAACCAAUGGGGUAAAGGUCUAACCCUACGAACGAGAAUCUAACCAUCUUAUAUGCACUAAAGGCCCCAAAAGAUUUUAUUUAUUUUAAAAGGUCACAAUCUCUGGUAGAUUCAGCUUUUUGGUGUGAUUAUUUGCGCAUAAUAUUUUUUUUUAGUUUUCACUGAUAUAAUUAUAUGCCGAAAGUGUCUUAAGCUAGCACAAGAAGGGGUACGAUGGUCCGUUAUGUUGCAUUUUGCGUACUUAUGUUACGUUACAAAGUAUUGUUAUUAUCAAUAAAUAAUCGUGAAGACA